UUUCCUUCCAGAUUCAUCACACAAUGCACGUUCAUCCGCGGCACCUCCCUCACCUCGUAGUCCCAAUGUUCUUAAAGCCUCAUCUGCAUCAUCUCAACCUGCCAGAGCUGCACCCUCUCAUCACGGCAUGCCUUCAGGACUGACUCCGCCCACUGGUAGAAGACCCCUGCCUCAUAGUCCAGGGAUGAGACCGCACCUUGGUAACUUAACAGGCAGUUUCAACACAUCUGCUAGGAAACCUGGACGGGGCGGGCUAGAUGGUGAGAGAUCUUCUACAGCCUCAAUCAUCUCCACAAUCAGCAGUGAGCUGACCGACAUGGCUCACUCUGCAACCAGCACGGUCUCUGAGCUGUUUGGAAGCAGCAAACCUCAAGUACAGCCCUCACAACCCAAGAUGAUUCCACUGAAGCCAUUCACUCCUCUAGGCACUCGUAAAGCACUGGUUGAGAAAUCAGGUCUCGUGAAACAUGCAACAAGUAGAACACACAGGGAACCAACAAAGAUAGUCCCAGGAGAGAAGGCAAAUUCAAACAGAUUCUGCUUGGAUCCCUAUGUGAAAAGAAAAAUUGAAAUGGACUUUAUUUGCUCUGGUGGAUUUGAGAGCCAGAUGUUCCUGAAGGAGGUGAUCAACAGUGUUCUGGAAGGCAAAGGCCUCAGCUGGAUGAAGGUCAGCAGAAUCAACAAGCUGAUGGAGGAUGAAAACUACCGCAACUUUGUCAUCAGCAGGUUGAAUCGGAACCUGGACCAGAAAGUUCCUGAGGAUGCUGUGCACAUUGAAGAUGUGUGUGUGAGCAAAGCUGUUUUCAAGGGCAUGCUGUCUCUGAUCAAAUGCAUCAUUCACGGCCUGGGCCAUACCAUUAACAACCACGGCUUAGGUGGCAUGGCCUCGGCAUAUAUGGUGCUGGAGGUUGCCCACACCCACUACUGGGCCAGGGACCUCUCUAAUAGAAGUGAUACAAGCUUUACUCCUGAGAGAAUGUCUCCGCAUGAAAGUCAUGACAGUUUGGAGUCUCCCAGUCACAAAAUGGCAGAUGAAAUUAUCACGUCAAAGUGGUGGCAGGGCAAGAGAGGAUCAAACCCACAGCCCAGCAGUGCUAACACUCCCUCACAUUCGCCUCAGCCCCCUGUUGCUGCAGCCAGCAGCUCGACCAUCCCCUCCAGUUCUAACUUUGUUAAUCAAGGGGAAGCACUCCCGUCUAGUCCUUGUUCACCAGUAGUUGUGAAUGGAGACGAGUUUGAAAAUAUCGAAAUAGCAUCGGUCUCUGAUGAUGGAGGCAGCGGUGAUUCUAAUGGUCUGAGCAAAGGCCACCUGCGUCACAGGCACCAUUUUGAAAAAUCACAGUCAGAACGAAGAGACAGCGGUGACCUGUCUCCCGUGUAUGACUUUGGUGGCGCCGGAGACACUGGUGCAUUUACGUCUUCUGACUGGAAUAAAAACGCAUCCCCAAGAAGAAUGAGCCUUACCCAGCAGCACCUUCGACAGUCAGGGCAUCUGUCAUGUGAUAUCAUUGUGACCGAUGCAGAACACGAAGCCUCCCUUCAACACGGACAAGGCGACAUGCUGAGGGAGAUGGUAAAAAAUAAAGAGUUGAUAAAGACUGGCAAACUGGACCGCAAGUUUAACAGUGUGGACUCUGAAAUCUCAGAGGCCAGUACUCUAGUAAGUACUAGCUCAGAGAAGGAAGACCAGGACAAGAGGAUGUACCGGGUCAAUCAUCAGGGUAUACGUUCGGCUCUGUCUGACAGUGAGAUGGACACCAACUGGCCUGGAGCUAUGCACCCCCGACGCAGCCGAUCGUCAAGCAUUUGGAGCACUAAAAGUGCAUACAGCUCUGGCUACCGCUAUCAUGAUGGGAAGCUUGUUCACACAGGAGCUGUCGGCCUAACUGCUGAGGCUCAGACCAGGUCGUACAUUUUUGAGGGGCUGGUUGGGAAAGAAAGGUCCCGUGUGUGGGAUCACAUGCAAUUCUGGGAGGACAUGUUUUUGGAUGCAGUGGCCCAGGAGAGGGACAUUAUAGGGAUGGACCAGAGGCCUUCUGAGAUGAUGGAAAGGUACAUGUCCCUUGGAGAUGUGGAGAAGAAAAGACUGGAGUAUGACGAGGACAGACUUUUGUCUGUCAUGUUGUAUAACCAAGCAGCAUUCAUGCUGAUGAUGAGGGUACCCAAAAUGGAGAUCAAGAAAAAGGUCCGCCGUCUGCUAGGCAAGUCACACAUUGGGCUUGUACAGAGCCAGGAUGUCAACAACCUUCUGGACAAUAUCCAGCAUUUGUUUGGCAAUGAUAUUGACCUCAAGCCAAUGUGCAGCAGGAGAAUGCAGAAACAGUCAUUUACAGUUCACUGGGGCACAGACAACACUGGAGACAUGCUGUUCAUGGAGGUAUGUGAUGAUUGUCUGCUGCUGCGAAAUGUAACGGGAGCCAUCCAUGACCGCUGGUGGUUUGAGAAGCUUGUCAACAUGACCUUCUGUCCGAAAACUAAAGUAUUGUGUCUAUGGAGGAAAAACCAAGACAAGGUGCAGCUGAACCAGUUCUACACGAAGAAGUGUAGAGAACUGUACUUCUCUGUGAAAGAAGCAAUGGAGAAAGCUGCAAGCAGGAACACUGUUCAGUUACCAGUUAUGAACUUUUGUUUAGGACCAGAACUUGGUGGUGAAUUCCCAGUCCAGGAUCUGAAAACAAAAGAGGGCGGACUGCUGCAAGUAUGUAUGGAAGGAAUAGGCCUCCUCCUGCAGAACAGCAAGGUAAGUGUCCUGACUCUAAUGGACCUGGAAA